AUGAAGCUUAUUUCAACUCUUGUUGUUCUGGCCAGCGCUGGCGCUGUUGUUGCUCCUAGAAACCUGGAGGCGACCAAGGCGAACCCUCGCUUUGUUCGAGCUGAAGGGACCUGGCACCUGCAGCCGAAGCGAUCGGACAUCGUCACAGAUGACGUUGACGACGACUUGGCCCAGAAGCGGGACCUUGAGGCAACCAAGACAAACCCUCGAGCCAAGAGGGCAGACGGCACCUUCAACUUGGUGCCCCGACAAUCAGAGACGAAGCUGGCCGACAAGCGGAACGUGGAGGCAACAAAGACCAACCCUAGGGCUAAGAGGGCUGACGGCACCUUCAACCUGGUACCUCGACAGUCGGAGACGAAGCUCGCGGACAAGCGAGAUGUCGAGGCGACGAAGACCAACCCCCGUGUUAGACGAGCUGACGGUACAUUCAACCUGGUACCUCGACAAUCAGAGACGAAGCUCGCAGACAAGAGGGGCAUGGAGGCAACCAAGACCAACCCCCGACAGAAACGCGCGGACGGGACGUUCAACCUUGUGCCUCGCCAAUCAGAGACGAAGCUUGCAGACAAGCGGGACGUGGAGGAACGGGCUGAGAUAAAGCCCAGCAAGACCAACCCUCGCAUCAAGAGAGCCGACGGCACGUGGAACCUUGUGCCUAGGCAGUCGAUUACGAAGCAGGCCCAGCCUUAG